ACGGUCAACUUUCAACAUCCAUCGCCUCGCCAAUCGCAACCCACAGCAAGGUAGGUAGCCAGCCAGCCAGCCUUUUGCAACGAGUGACGGUGAAAUAAACUGUUCCCAAAGCCCAGGGACCUGCAGUACGGUAGACCUGGGAUUGAUCGCCGGAAUCCGAGUCUGCGAUACGCAACGCCUCGAUUCUCGAUCAUGUCGGGCAUUGGGAGAGGUGAUGGCAAGAGUCACCCCCGUGGCUUCCCGAGCCGCGGCACGGUUCGCUUCGCGGAAGGAACCCAGGGACCGAGUCACUCAGCAUUGACGAUGGUCACGAGAGGAGGCGAUGAUGACGAUACGAAGCUCGAAGAGACGACGCCCCGACGGAAACGCCCCCGUCACGAGCGGCCCAACGAAGAUGAGAUCGACGAUGUGGAUGAAUGGAAUGAUACAGAGGAGCAAGAGGAUGAUGCACCCAGCGUACCGACAGAGCACGAACUCUUGCAAGCCAAACAAGAGCGACGGAGAAAACGAGAGAAGGGUGGUCCGGAAUUAGAAGGCGACGAGGUUUCCAAAGAGGGCAGAACUAGUAUAGAUAACAGCACAUCCCUGGCUUCAGAAGGCAUCGAAAUUGAACCGUUCCAUAUGCAUCAAGAGUCUUCGGACGGAACUGGCUAUUUUGAUGGCGAUACGUACGUUUUCCGCAAGGUUCAAGAGGAAGACGAAGAACCGGAUGCUUGGUUAGAAUCGCUCAGCAGUCGUAACGACGAAAGUGAAAGAGAACAGCGAGGACACCAGCCACUCACCAAACCGCAACCUGACUUUGAGAAGAGCAACAUGGACGAUUGGCCCAAGGAAUCCUUGUACGCAAAAAUUAUUCCUCUCGUGAGUGAUACAGAAACUGUUAUGCAAGCUAUCGCGCGCUACGGGCAUUUACUCAAGCGCAAGCAUAAAACUGGUGCGAAUAUCGGAAGCAACAAUGCCAACGACGAAUCUCGCAAAUUCGCGCAAUCCGCAUUGAACGACCUGACCGGAGCUGCGAACGCACUAUUGCUUAAAGGAAACGUUGAUAUCUACCAAAAAACAAGGAAAGAGCUCGUUUGCCAGCUACCUCCUCAACUAGGACGAAUGAAGACAGCAACCAAACAAAAAGCGCUUUGGGAAUACAUGGGCAAUCAAGAUGGAGCAAUUCACGGUCCAUUUACCACCGAGCAGAUGCAUGGAUGGAUUGCCCAAGGAUACUUUGUUGGUCCCACAGCGGUUCAAGUUCGAUCAGUGAUCGAACAGCCCAAAGAGACAAGCCUAAAAGACGACCUAUUGUCCGAUCUGAUGGAUGACGACGAUGACACCGCGGCCACACCAUCUGCGCUCGAGAGCGUUCGCGGAGAUUGGAUGCAAUCGGACCAGGUGGUAUUUACUAGCUAUACUUAG